AUAACCUACACCAACAGUGGAAGUUGUAAAAAUCAACACACAACCCACGGAUUAUAUACCGGAAAAUAUGGUAGUAAAAAAUAUUCUGUUACGAACUUGCAGGGAUAAUAAUCAGAUAAUGACAUAGAGAAACCAGGUUGCAACUUAAGUGUUUGCAAUAGCAUCACUUUGAUUUCGUAACAAGGGUUAAAAUCAAAAUGCAAAUAUAUUAUUCUCAAACAGGCUCCCUUUUUAUUUUUAGUGAUUUUAAAGUAUAUAAGAAGUGAAUUUUCCGACUGGCCAACUAAAAUAUUUUAGGAUCUAUUCGAAUGUUUAAAAGUCAUUUGAGGGAUAUAAGCAAAGUAUUUUGAGAACCAGCUUUAUCUAAACUUGGGAAAUUUUUGUCACAGCUCUUUGCCCAUUGACUAAUUUUUUGUUUGUGUCAGCACUUUUAGGGUAUAUCAAACUUAGUUUGUUAGCAACCUAGGUUUAUUAACUGUUUUCAAGAAUUCUUUGUGAGUGAUUCUUUAUAACUGUGAACAUCAGUAUAGUUUAAAUUAAAGCCUUGUAAACCAAGCUUUCCAGUGGUACAAAGAUAUUGGUUUGGUCUUACAUUUAAACUAUCCUGUACAAAAUAGAUUAAGAGUCGAUACUAGAUCAUAUGAAAGUUAAAGCUUUGUGCUUCUGCAUUUUUCCUUGGGAAUUGUGCGUGUAUAAACUAGACUACAGUGGCAUUAUAAGUCAUAAAAGUUGCUAUAACAUCAAAUCUGCAUAAUAUUAACACCAUUAUUGUGAAUCUUGGUCAAUUUUACACAAUCUAUUCACAUUGUAAAUUCUCAGAGAUGUUCUAGAGUAAUUUCUAAGAUAUGAUAUCCUGAACUAUAUGCCAUUCUUUUAUUUUUGCCCUCCUAAUUUCAUAGUUUGUUGCUUGUAGGCCCACACUUUAAAAAAAAAAAUGUCAGAUUGUUAAAUAAUCUCUCCCAGAAUUGCCAAUUGGUGGAGAGCAUUAAAACCUCAACCCCAUAAAAAUGUUAUAAAUAUAAAAGUUAUUGAUGGUAUCUUACAUGAUAUCUUACAACAAUAAGCUGUUAACUCUCCUGAUGGUUAUUUUCUUUUUGUAAGCAUGAUUUUACUUUGCCCCAGGUCAGUAGUCAAUUAUGUUUUUGUAUAUAGUUAUACUUAUAUACUUAAAUUCUAUACAAUUUUAAGCUGAAGUAAAGUUCACAUACACAUGGCAACUGCAACAAGUACCCACGAGUCAAAGGAAAAUUUUCCCGCAACAUUAGAGUUUUUUACAUUAGUUGGACAAAUUAAAAGAGCACAACGCACCGGCUGGACACAUCACAAUGUUGAUAAAGUUGAAAGUGUGUCUGAUCACAUCUAUCGUAUGGCUGUUAUGACUAUGCUUUUGGAAGGAAAAAACCUAAACACAACGCACUGCAUGAAAAUGGCUGUUAUUCAUGACUUAGCGGAAUGUAUUGUUGGUGAUAUUACUCCUUUUUGUGGUGUUUCUGCUGAAGAGAAAUAUAGGAGGGAGAAAGAAGCUAUGUUUAAGCUUACAAGCCUGAUAAGUAAUGAGAAAGUUGGAAAUGAAGUGAUGAGUCUGUGGGAAGAAUACACAAAUCAGAACACAAAAGAAGCGAGAGCUGUAAAAGAUAUUGAUCGCUUCGAGAUGAUUCUCCAAGCAUUUGAAUAUGAGAAGUCUGAAAACAAACCUGGAAAUCUUCAAACAUUCUUCAAUUCAACUAAAGGAAAAUUUGGGGAUCCUCAAAUUCAGCGAUGGGUGGAAGAGCUUGAUAAACAACGGCAGGUGUUUACUGAAACUCAUAAACCAGAAGCUAUCAUUGAGACCAAUGUAAAGCAAUAAAUUUAGUUUUUUGUAUAAUGUAACUAGUUUCAAAAUAAUAUCUGUAAACUCAGACAAAGUAACAUAUAAAAAUUAUAAUAAAAAUAUCGACUUGCCAAAAUUUCUUGUUGAUAGUGUGUCUAUAUAUAUAUAUAUAUGUUAUAAGUUUAAAAUAUUGGUAAUGUUGAAUUAACAGAAACACAAUUCAAUGCCCCU